AUCGGACGUCCCGAUUGCAGGCCAAGUCAAGCACCCGCCCACCACUCCUCAAGAUGCCGACGCGGUUCUCCAACACAAGAAAGCACCGCGGCCACGUCUCCGCCGGUCACGGUCGCGUUGGCAAGCACCGCAAGCACCCGGGCGGUCGCGGUCUCGCUGGUGGUCAGCACCACCACCGCACGAACUUCGACAAGUACCAUCCUGGUUACUUCGGAAAGGUCGGUAUGCGCUACUUCCACCUCACGCGCAACCAGUACUGGAAGCCUACGAUCAACGUCGACAAGCUCUGGACGCUUGUGCCCGCGGCGGAGAAGGAGGGCUUGACGGAGAGCUCGGAUGUUGUGCCGGUCAUCGACACGCUCCACCACGGCUACGGCAAGGUGCUUGGCAACGGCCAGCUACCAAAAUUGCCUUGCAUCGUCAAGGCCCGCUUCGUCUCCGCGAAGGCCGAGAAGAAGAUCAAGGAGGCUGGUGGUGUUGUUACGCUUAUUGCAUGAGCGUUGUUGUAUCCUGCAUCUUAUCUUCCA